AUGAAGUCUUACAUGAAGGAUGGCCUGAGAAUCGGAUUUACAAAGGAAGCUUCUACGGACAAUAUUGAAACCAUUUCCCUGGAAAUAGCCAGAAAGUUUGAAUUGUUGUCAGGUAUUUGUGACAAUAGAAGCUUAUCGGAGUUUCCUGUCAGCAUAAUCAAGGAGGUAGUUGGCUUGUGCAAUGAUCUAAAGGAUCUUACUCCUCAUUAUGGGAUGCCUGAUGAGUAUGUCAACUAUGUAAGAGAGAAUAGGGAUGUUCUGGGGUAUUUCGAGAGAUCCGAAAGCGAUGUCAAGAGUGAGGAGACCCGGAUUAUCAACAAGAGAAAGACAUUUGAUGCCUUUAGAAGCAUGGUGGAAAAGAUAGGAGAGAUAUGA